AUGGCUUACACGACGCUAUGGCGGAGGCUGUCUUCUCGCCAGCUCAACGUCGUCAUCCAAACUUUCUCGCUUAUUUCUAUCUUCUUCGAGGGCUAUGACCAGGGUGUCAUGGGUGGCGUCAACGCCUCGCCUACCUAUGUGACUCUGGUCGGUAUAGGGAAACACGAUGGGACGGUGACGGAUACAACGCGUGAGGGGGGCAUUGUCAGUGUGUACUACUUGGGAGCGAUCUUCGGCUGCUUUGCCGGCGGGUGGCUUGCAGAUCGAGUCGGGCGUAUCAAUGGCCUACUAGCUGGAUCAUGGUUUGCUCUGGUAGGAGGAGCCCUGCAAUCAGCCGCGCAGAAUGCCAAAUUUAUGAUCUGCGCUAGAGUCGUGACGGGCAUUGGCACCGGUGCUUUGACGGGUAUCGCCCCUGUCUUGGUUUCUGAAACCUCCGCUGCCAAUCAUCGGGGCGGCUUUCUCGGUUAUGUGUUCAUUGCCAAUUAUCUAGGGAUUGCCGUUGCAUAUUGGCUUUCAUUUGGUCUCUCAUUCGUCCACGAUGGGUACUCGGGCGUUCGGUGGCGGUUCCCGCUGGCUUUCCAGUGUUUCCCAGCGCUGAUCCUGGUCCUGUUUAUCAAAAUGCUGCCAGAUAGCCCCCGUUAUUUAGCUUCGGUGGGUCGAAAAGAAGAAGCACGCGAUCUCCUGAUCCGGUUACGUAAAGAUCGAUCGAGUCCGGAAAAGAUCGAUCGGGAGUAUUUAGAGAUUUCGACUACUGCACAGGCUAGUAAACCUAGCACGCCACUCCAAUUUGCAAAGAUUUUAUUGGGAAGGAGUGGGCGACCGGGCACAAAUCUGGGCCGUCGAGCAUGGCUGUGCAUAUGGCUUCAAAUCAUGGGUUCAUGGACGGGGAUCACGGCUGUCACUGCUUAUGCCCCGGUUCUUCUUCAAGAAGCCGGCUAUAGUGAGGUACAACAGAAUGCUUUAGCAGGGGCUAUAAAUACCAUUGGAAUCCUUGGUACGAUCAUCAGCGCUCAGAUUAUAGACCGCCUCGGUCGUCGAGUUUGCUUAAUGGGCGGAGCCGCUGUCUUGUUCGCCGUAAAUUUGAUUGUGAGUCUGCGUAUCUGGCUCAAUUCUUUCUACGAUGCUGACCUUUCUUUCUUUCCCCAGGCUGGUGCAUUAUACGAAGUCUCACUUUUCCAUGAGCUCGACAAGGCGGCUCAAUAUGCACCUGGCGCGAUCACAAUGCUGUUUCUGUUCAACAUCGGUUAUGCUGCCACUUGGGGAACUGCGGCCUUUUUGGUUCCUACGGAAAUUUUUCCAAGUGACUUGAGAGCCCAGGGCAAUGGAUUUGGUGUCACUGGCUGGGCCAUUGGUGUAGGAAUGACCACUCUUGUCAACCCCAUCAUGUUUGGUGGCAUCAGGAGCCGUACCUAUUUUCUCUUUGCUGGGUUGAACUUGCUCUGGAUACCCAUUGUCUUUCUCUUCUACCCCGAAACCAAAAAUCGCUCCCUCGAAUCUAUCGAGGCCCUAUUCUCAACUCCCAGUCCCUUUCACUGGCGAAUGGAGCAAGCUUAUAAACUCCACGGUGAUGUUCUCGCAGUCCCCGAAGCCACCAAGCGCGAAUCUUGA